AGGUUUUUUUUUUUUCGGUUGAGAGAGAUGGAAAAGCAGCCGCCGUCUGUGAAUAAGCUGGCGGGGCAAUAUUCAUUCUUGGAUGGAGAGGAGCCUCUUACUCUAACAAAGAAGCAACUUCAAUCCACAUUGAUGGCUGCAUCUUUGAUUUAUGCCUACCAACAGACAUAUCCUAAAAUUAGGAUAAGGAUCAAGGCUGAUAUUUCUCUCCUCAGCCAUGUGUUUUGCUCAUCCUCAUCUUCUUCUUCUCCCCGAUGCUCUGCCCCCCGACCCUCUGCACCCGAGAAGCCCCCCAACUACCGUCACCCAUUUCCGGCCGGAAAUCCGGCAAAGCUUGGGGGUUUUCUCCUUCUUUUCUUGUUCUUGAACCUAGAAAUAUCCCCCUCCCUUCUGCAGAUUUUCGGAUCUGCUCUGCUCUGCUCUGUCCUUCUGCGAGCAGCUUUUGCCGGUGGAGUGCUUCCCGGUUUUCUGGUUUGCCGUGAGUUCCUCCAUUCCUCUCCCCGUCGGCUUCCUUCCCAGCCGGACCCGGUGCUGCUCGCCGGAGUUUCCUGGUUCCCGAUCAUUCUGUCAGUUAGCACUGAGAUUGAGUGCUCGGUUUUAUAUGACUAUUGCACCGAGCAUGAUUGGUUUGAAAUGAAACUGUCUUCAUUGGUAUUGAGUAGAGCAUGCCUAUUUGGAAUUGACUGAACUGUUUUGAUGAACUGAGAGUUUGCAAAUUUUGAGUUUUCUGAUAAAUCCAUGCCCACAUGGAAUCUUUCUGGUUAUUUCUGAAAUUGGGAUUGAUUGUGAAAUUCGGGUUUUCUGUAAACUCUGCAUGGUUUUGUCUCGGAUAUAGUCAUGAUUACUGAUUACUGUGCCCGCUAGUGGGAGGUUUAUAAACGCUAGUACAUGUCGACAUGUUUACUGAUAGAACCGGUUCACCCUACCAAUGGGGUUAAACAUUGGUAAUUAGUGUUGCCUGCCAGUGGGAGUUGUAAACACUGGCACCAUUACUGAUGCCUGCCAGUGGGAGUUGUUAAAUACUGGCACUUCUGUAACCUUGCCUAUGGGGUUAAACAUUGGCAACUAUUGUGCCCGCCAGUGGGAGGUUUAUAAACGCUGGCCAUGACUUAUAGAUGAGACUACUGAACUGAGUUUUCUUCUGCAUUAACGGUUUGUCAUGAAUGCUUUGCAAUUAAACUGAAUCUGAUUUUGUCACUGAGCGUUUUGGUUAUAUUAAACUGUUUAUCUGGCAUGCUUAAAAGUUUUACCCAAGGGCUAUCCAUAUUUACUUACUGAGUUAUCUCAUAGUUUUUCCUUGUCCAUCAUUUCAGGAAAUGAUACUAAGGACGGGGAAACCGAGGGGAGUGACGAGUUAGAAGGCUAGCCAUCUUGUAAAGUGAAUAUAGAUUUGAGAUGUAGAUUGUGAUUUGAAUAAGUUCCGAGCCUUGUGCAAUCGUGGGACCCGUCUCACGAGUGCACGGUGUCUGUCGUGUCCCUGGAUUUGGGUUUUGGGGCGUGACAAAAAUCCUGCCCAGAAAGCUAUUGAAGGAUCUAGCAAGCUGUGAGAUGUAGUCAAGGUCAGUCUCUACUUGUGUGCACACCUGUACCUCAUCAAUGUCAAAAUAAUGUUAAUUUUGUUCCAAGGAAAAUAGAGUUUUUUUUUUUUAAAUAAAAAAAUGUUGACUCAAUG